AUGCUUCACCUCAUUGGCGUAUUGCUCCGGUCUCUCGUCGUGCUGAGUCUCGUUGCGACACGUACUCGAGCGCUUUUUUAUCCGCCGAAUACAAUUCAGCUCACUCCUUCAUCUGCUGACUCUCCAGCGCAUAACACUCCCACCGCUGCCCCUCGCCCGGCUGAAAUCGAGACAAGUUUCGGUACUCUCGCACGCGGAUACAUCAUCGAACUCGAGCCCUCGGCUUCGCUAGCAGACUGGAGGAGUUGGGCGCAGCAGACACGACCGCAAAGCACACGAUCCUAUUCCGCGUCCACUUCCUCACCGCAAUCGACUUCUGCGCAGCCCGAGCCAACACCAAUUUCUUGGAGCAGUGUCUUUCUAUCGCGCCUGCUGCCACGAUCAGCCUUUGCUGCUCAAAGGCCAGACUCCUCCACGGGUUCGACAUCCAAGCGCGCUACGCCAAGUGAUGUCAAUGCUGAAGGAGCACCUGGCUUAAGCUUUGAAAUUCGCCACGAAUUCGAUGAUCCUACUCUACUCUACGGGCUGUCUAUUAGGGUCGUUGGCUACUCUGCCACUUCAAAAUCAGCCAACGUGACGGGAGGCGCCAGUAGCGACACCAAUGCUUUUUGGUCGCCGCUCAAAGAUACUGAAUUGCUCAAAGCUAUCAAGGGUGUGAUCCGAGUUAGUCCGAUCGCCCUAGUACCUGCUCCGGGGCCUUACGACGGCGUUGAGCAAAUCGCCUCAAUCAACGCUUCGACAGCUGCUUCAGACUCGCGCAAGGGCCCCUUGGACACCAUUGGAGCAGCUGCAUUGCACGCCGAAGGUAUCACAGGAUCUGGCGUACGGAUUGCCAUCAUCGAUACCGGUGUCGACUGGCGGCAUCCAUACCUAGGCGGAGGCUUCGGGCCGGGCUUCCACAUCUCCUUUGGAUAUGACCUUGUUGGCGACGACUUCGACGGCCUCAACGACGGCGUCGCUGACAGAGACCCAUUCUCUAGUUGCACACCUCACGGCACCCACAUAGCCGGCAUCUUGGCCGCGACGACUCCGACUGAUCCUGCUCAAGCAGACAAGAGCUUCAAAUUUAGUGGAGUCGCUCCAGACGCUCAGGUUGGCGUUUAUCGUGUCUUUGGAUGCCAAGGAGGCACUGCUAGUGACAUUGUCAUCAAGGCUUUGCAGCUUGCGCACGAGGAUCAGGCCGACAUUAUCACGAUAUCCAUUGGUGCGCCCGCUGGCUGGACGGAUACGCCCAUUGCCAGGAUGAUUAACACGAUCUCACGCAAAGGUCGCAUGGUCACAGUGUCGGCGGGCAACGAUGGCGAUGUUGGACUCUUCUUUCAAAGCACCCCUUCAGUAGCUACAACAGCGCUCUCCGUCGGCAGCACCAACAAUGCUUUCCUCACCACGUACAACGCGACGUUCUUGGAUGGCUUGGAGCCUCCAAUUCCUUACUUCGCAGCUGUGCCGUUUAAUGCUCACGAUCUGGCCGUCUGGCCAUUUACUGACAGCGCGUUCCCACACAUGCUGGUUGAUGGAUGUGGGCCCCUUCCCGAUGACGCGCCUCCCGACUUCACCAACGUUGUUGUGCUGGUGACGCGGGCCGGCUGCUCGCUCGUCGCAAAGUAUCGAAACUUGGCCAAGAAUGGCAUCGACUACGUGCUGCUCGCGAAUAGCGGCUUAUCUCCGUUCUAUGCCACCACUAGCGGCAUACGAAGCGUCGCGCUGAUUGAAGCCAUUGACGCGCAGCGGCUUGUAGACCACUAUGUUCAAGACAAGCGGGUGACGCUCAGUUUCCCUGCCUAUGGACCGUUGGCGACGCCGAACAAAUACAACGGUAAUACGAUCUCAAGCUUCUCAUCUUAUGGACCAACCUACGACCUGCUAUCCAUGCCGAACAUCUGUGCGCCUGGCGAUCGAAUCUUGAGCACUUGGCCUAUAGACGCUGGAAGAUGGGCUGUCUUGUCCGGGACCUCUAUGGCCACGCCGCACAUUGCUGGCUCCGCUGCGCUCCUGCUUCAAGCAGCCCGCAGUGGGAUUUGGCAGACUUCGUCAAGCCAGAGCGACCGGGAAUCGCCGUUGAGUAUCGACUUGGGUCGACAAAUCUUCAAUCGCCUGCGAAGUAGCGCUACGCCAGCUUCCAAUUCCACUCGCGGAGGACGUCUAGAGACGUCGGCAAAACAGGGCGCUGGAUUGGUCGAUGCGUACGCAGCUGUGCAUAACCUCAUGACGGUGGCCCCCGCCCUUCUACUCUUGGAUCCUGUUGAGGCAUACCCAGUACAGCGCACGUUCGUGUUCACUAAUGAUGCGUCGUUUAGUCGCAACUUCUCAAUCACCCAUGAGCCCGCGGGCGCAGCCCUUACUUACGCUUCUGGAGCUGCAUACCCAAACGAUGGCCCGGUGCCUCUCGACGACGAGCAUCUUGAAGUUCAGAUGACACCAAGGGCUUUCUCGCUUGCGCAGGGCGCCAACAUUACAGUCACUGUGGACUUCAGUCUACCAAUGGAUUCUUUCGAUCACAAGACGUUUCCCAUCUUUUCGGGAUACCUGCGGAUUGCCCCCGCUGUCACAUCUGAAGCUGGCUUGACAACCAGCGCACAGUCCAGUCUCAUUGCAAACACGUCCCACCCCCACGAGACGAUUUCGGUAUCUUAUUUGGGGACUGGCACUCCACUUUCAGAGAUGCAGGUGCUUGACCGAGGGCUUAGGCUGUCGACCUCUGACACGGCGCAUUCGCUGCCUGCUAUCCUGAUUGGAGGCGACGAAAAGCAGCCUCAGACGCUACCCAGGUCAUACACAUUCAGCGAUGACGACUAUCCCGUCGUCAACUUUCGUUUGCUCGCAGGAACCGAGCAGCUUCGGAUAGACCUUGUGCAGGAUCUGCAAGACGUCAACCCCGCGGGGUCCCUUGCAACUCUGCACGAUUCCAGCGCAGAUCUCAAAGGCAGACCGGCGGAUGCUUCUCUCAAUACGGCUGGUGCAUCUUUCAUCGCAGACGGGGCCGAUGCUUUCGCUUUACGGUCUUCCGAAGAAGAGACUCUAGAAGAGCAGACCCCUGCAAUGGCGCAGCUCGUGUUUCAGGCCGCGCCUGACAGCGAUCUGGACGGUCUCGUUUGGAGAAGAUCGAUGGAAGGUGCUUGGAUUGCUUCGACUUUCGUUGGUGCCUCCGACAUGGAGCAACAAACUACGAAGAAUGAGUUCCUCGGUGGGCAGCCGACCGCCUCACGAGUGAUCGGAGCGAUCGCAGAGGCUUCGCGAUUACCACGUAGCUCCGAAUCUGGGGCGUAUAGCUCUUAUGAGCUGCUGUGGGACGGGACGAUUGCCGGCACACCGGUUACCGCUGGAGAAUAUCGACUGCGGCUGAGCGCCCUCAAGAUAGGCAGUACUGCUCCGAGCGCAGGAGAAGACGUUGCGCAGGCUAGUGACAGCUUCGAAAUUUGGUACUCGCCGCUCGUCAGAGUCGAGAGAGGCAUCACAGGUUCUGUUGGGUCGAAGAUCAAGCCAGCCUAG